AUGGGAAUCCGGAUGCCGUAUUGUUACAUCGUAGCAGUUCUAACUCUGGGACUAACGUUAGUUACCGCAGAUUUCACAGCCAAUUGUCCACAAGAAUGCAAAUGUGUUUGGGCGAGUGGAAACAAACAAGCAGACUGUUCGCACUCGAACUUUCAUGAUAUACCUAAAACACUGAGCACAGAAAUACAAAUACUUGACCUAACUGGCAACGAACUGUACGAAGUUACGAGGCACGCCUUUGAAGAUGUACAGCUGAUAAAUUUAAAGAAACUUAUAUUAAAGGAAUGUAAAUUGAUAACGAUACACAAAAAUGGACUCAGCGGCCUAGCUAUUAUGAUUGAAUUAGAUUUGUCGAAGAACAAUCUCAAAACUUUAUAUUCAGAUACGUUUAAGGAAACAGCUAAAAUACGAUGGAUCUUAUUAAACGAUAACCAAAUUGAGAAAUUAGAGGAUGGUCUCUUUAACAACUUGCCGUUCCUUCAGAAGGUGGACUUGAGUAAUAACAGAAUACUACAAAUCGGUGUAAAAACCUUUAUGAAUGUGCCAAAACUUAAUAUCUUAAGGCUUGACGGUAACAAACUGGAACAUCUAAAAAUUGAUACUCUUAGUGCAUUGACAUCUUUGUCUAAUUUGGAUGUACACGAUAAUCCUUGGAGAUGUGAUUGCUAUUUACAACCUUUUAGAAAUUGGGUUAUCAGUAAAAAUCUUUAUACAUCACCAAUAUCCUGCAGUGAACCACCUAAAGUACACGGUAAAUUAUGGAAGGAAUUAGAUUCCAGUGAUUUUGCUUGCAGGCCAAGCAUUGUCUAUCCUUCAACAAAAACAACAUUACGAUCAUCAGAUACGAAUGUGACUUUGUCGUGUCUCGUUAAUGGUAACCCUCUGCCUGAAGUAAACUGGGUGUUGAAUGCACAAAUAAUAGACGGAACAUAUAGAUAUCAGGGAGAAAUUAAAUAUUACGUAACUCAAUCCAAUACUGACAAUAGUAAAUGGGUCAAUUUAACAAUAAUUGAUGCUGGUACUUCAGAUAAUGGUGAAUACUUAUGUGUAGCAAAUAACGCUGGCGGAGUUGAAGAAAGAAGUCUCACAUUAGCCAUCACCCACACGCCUCCCGGUAUUGUCGUACCUCCUGGAAUGGACAAUAACAUGUUACCCGUUUUGAUCGGCGUAUCUUGUACGGCGGCUAUCUUACUUAUAAUAUUAGUCAUCCUUUGUUACUAUUGCUGUAGAAGACGUAGUUCAGAGAAAAAGAAAGCUGAUAAUUCAAACGGAGAGGCUUUAAUUGAAGGUUCGGUGAUACCGGAGAUGGAGAAAAGUUUAAUCACAGCCGUAAACCCGGUAACUAAACCACCAAGAAGAUACGACGUGCCCCCAUCUAUCACAAGCGGUGGGACCGAGAUGUCCGAACUAAAUAAAACCUUGCUCGAUAAUGAUUCUGUGUUUGCUCACAACGACGAUGAGAAGCGAUCACUAGAUUUCGAUCAACAUAACAAACGGUCGCAGGACGCUUUGAAUUCGGACUACGGACGUACAGACGGACGGGCCUAUCCGCCUGAUCUCUUGUCAUUCCCCGCAAGAGCGGCGCAGAUAUCACCAGCGGCGAGUAAUGCAUCCACAGUACCAGAUACAAGCAGACUACAAAUAAAUCCCGUCAGCCCGAUCCAUUCUCCAAUCUACGGUAUGACCACCAAUCAAAACCUCUUCAGAACUUUACCUUACUCUCGGUCCCAGUCACCUUUCACAGCGCCGAUGACGCCUCCUGUAGUGACACCCAGACAAGGUUACGUUACAAUCCCGAGAAGACCAAGAGUUCCUUCAUGGUCGAGUACGGCGAGUACAGCGAUACUUCCGAGCACCGAGGCCCAGGAACCUCUGUACGACAACUUAGGCUUGAGAACAACGGCCGAUGGUAGUUCAGUUCUUUCCCUUAAUAAAGCGGGACUCGAACAACAAUUUUCACCGAUGAGAAAUAGACCUCUGCCUGCUACACCUACAGCUUACCCGAACCCUCACCAAGUUUAUUACGCGCCAAUAGAAGAACAAGAGCCCGCUCCCUCCCCGGUUCCUCCAUUCACUCCAACCAGAAACAGUAUUAGUUCGCAGCUAUCAAACCAACCUUCUACGCCCGGACCACAAGAACCCGUCAAUAACAGAAUGAGCUGGACAGCCAAAAACACGUCGACCCCACAACCUGAAAUGAGAAAACAAUCGAUAAGCACUAUUGAUAACAGGAACAUAGAAACACAGUCACAAAUGUCUGACAACAAUACAAUGAGAAAAGGAAAACCAGAAACCGGUUCAUUGAGAAGAAACCCCCGGACAGAUAACAACGAUCUCGGCUCACCAAGCAAAGAUGAUUACAGGAAAAAUGAAAACGUAUCAUUGAACCAGUCGGGUACAAUGGGAAGAAGUGGUAAAAUACCUCCAAGGCCUCCGCCUAAGCCUAAGAAAAAGCCUAGUACGGAAGUGAGUCCAAGCGAACCACUGUUCGAAGAUGAAGGCGAAGACGGCACAGAAGUGUAG